AAAAAUGCCUGGGAUGUGGCUUGGUGGUUAAGCACCUCUGGGUUCAAUCCCUAGUGCCCCUGGCCCUGCAAAUUAACUGAUUUAAUUCUCCAUAACCACAGUAUAAAGUAAUUUACUAUUGGUAGACAGGAAAACUGAAGCAGAAUUGAUAAGUAACUUGCACAAAGUCACAUUGUUAUAGUUGAGCAGGGUUUUACUUGUAGAAAAUAUGGCUCAAGAGUCUAUGUUUUGCCUCCACUACUUUGCAGAGACAAUAUUUUUGGAGGCAAAGGAGUAAGUAUGAAAAUUUUAAGAAAAGAUAGGCUUAUUCUUAAAAAAAAAUGGAGAGGCUUGGAAGGAGACACAAUUUGAAAAGUUACAAGGAGCCGUACUAUAAUCCAGAAUUGUAUAAGUGAUUUUUAUGAAUAUUAUGAAUAAUUACUACUAUACUUAGAAGUUACUUACAGAGAGACACGUGGGAAGCCAAGUUUUGAGAAAAUCUGGAGUGUGGAAAUUGAACAUGGAGACUAUCCAAAAGAACUGCUAUGUCAACAGACCAAUAUGCAUAGUGUUUUGUUGUUGUUGUUGUUGUUGUUUUGUUUUUAAAAAACAGUGCAGAGGCUCAGAGAGCCAGGGCCUCAUGCAUGCUAGGCAAGUCCUCUACCACUGAGCUACAUCCCCCAGCCCUGUGCAAAGGGUUUUGGCAAAGAUACUUUCUCUGUGGUUGAAAAGGUUAUGCCUAUGUUUGCCUUAAUUAUUAUUAGGUUUAGUUAACAAGCUUAUUCAAGAGGUUAGUCUUCUUGCAAGAAACAACAAGAAGUCACUGAAGGAUUUCAUGCAGGGUGGGAUAUAAUCAUGUGUUUAAAAGAUGGCAUGUGAUGUAUAAGAGGGAAUAGAAACUGGAAGCCAAUAGAAAUACUUAUGAAUCGGAUUUAGUAGUCCAUGUGAAAGUACUGAUGGGUAAAUAGGGAAAAAGAGGAAAGAACAGAAUCUAGAAGGGGUUGAUUAGAUCUAUAUUACUCCUACUAAUGUUCCUACCACGUGACUUUUCUGUAUCAAGUAUUUUCUUUAUAUAUCAAGGAUUUUGUUUGUUUGGAAGGUACCAGGGAUUGAAUCCCCAAAGGUCACAUCCCUGACCUUUUUUUAUUCUGAGGCAGAAUCUCACCGAAUUGCUUAAGCUUCACUAAGUUGCUGAGACUGCCUUGAACUUGUGAUCCUCCUGCCUUAGCCUCCUGAGUAAGGGGAAUUUCAGAUUAACCCUAUAGGUUCAGCCAAUACAAAUUGUACGGCAUGUACCAAGGUGCCGAACUCAAAAAAUGUUCUUAAAACAGAGUUUAGAUUUAUCCACAAUGCACAGAAUAAAGAAAUAUGUUUGAAUACUUGCCAAACAUUGUCCCUCUACAUCUGUAACUUUUUUAUUUUAUCACAGAAUUACUCAUAUGAUUCACAGUGGAAAAACAAAACAGAAAUGAAAAUAAAACGAAUUCACAUUGAUCUAGACAGGAAAGGGACUGUCCAGGAAUACAUGUGGCAAAUAAUGUUGUUGUGGUUCUUUAAAAUACAAAGCAAAGGAAGAGUAUUUUGAUUUAGGAGACACAGGUCCACAGUUUCAUACAAAAGAAACUAAUCACUUCAUCUUUACUUUGGUUGGGAUGUUUUAGUUUGCUUUUGAAACCUGACUGAAUUCUCAUUUGAGAAGUGAAUAAAUAUUCUUAGCAUUAUCCAAUAUAAUAUAUAUUCUUAUAUUAAGUGUCUAAAAAGUUGAGUGAAUGCCCAGCUAUUUACACUUAUAUAUGUCUACUCUUUAGGUGCAAUUGACCCUUGAUAUUGGUAAGGAGCAAUUUUUAAUAGCCAUCAAAAGCUUCCUCUUUAAAAGAAAAUUUCAUAUGCAUACAUACAAAGCAUGACAACAAAUUUGGUUUUGAACGGUAAAUCCAGUUUUCUUAAUUGUUUAAAUUUCCUUAAAUUCAACCUUUUUACAUUUUUGUUCUUUAGGUCUGCCAAAAUGUCUGAAAGAUCAGAUCUCCUUCACUUCAAGUUUGAAAAUUAUGGAGAUUCAAUGUUACAAAAAAUGAACAAAUUAAGAGAAGAGAAUAAAUUUUGUGAUGUUACAGUUCUCAUAGAUGAUAUUGAGGUACAGGGGCAUAAAAUUGUGUUUGCUGCAGGUUCCCCCUUCCUAAGAGACCAGUUUUUACUGAAUGAUUCCAGAGAGGUGAAAAUCUCAAUAUUACAGAGUUCUGAAGUGGGGAGACAAUUGCUCUUAUCCUGUUAUAGUGGUGUUCUGGAAUUCCCUGAGAUGGAACUGGUAAAUUACUUGACUGCUGCGAGUUUUCUUCAGAUGAGCCACAUUGUAGAACGAUGCACACAGGCCCUGUGGAAGUUUAUAAAGCCAAAACAACCAAUGGAUAGUAAAGAGGGAUGUGAACCACAGAGUGCUUCUCCCCAGUCAAAAGAACAGCAGGGAGAUGCCAGAGGCUCCCCAAAGCAGGACUCACCUUGUAUUCAUCCAUCUGAAGACAGUAUGGAUAUGGAGGACAGUGAUAUUCAGAUUGUUAAGGUAGAAUCUAUUGGGGAUGUAUCUGAGGUUAGAAGUAAGAAAGAUCAGAACCAGUUUAUUUCUUCUGAACCCACUGCUUUACACUCAUCAGAGCCCCAGCACUCCCUGAUAAAUUCAACUGUGGAAAACAGAGUAAGUGAAAUAGAACAAAACCAUCUCCACAAUUAUGCCCUUUCUUAUACAGGCAGUGAUAACAUCAUCAUGACCUCAAAAGAUGUUUUUGGGCCUAAUAUUCGAGGUGUAGACAAAGGCUUACAGUGGCAUCACCAGUGCCCAAAGUGUACCAGGGUGUUUCGUCACCUGGAGAACUACGCCAACCAUUUAAAAAUGCACAAACUCUUUAUGUGUCUACUCUGCGGCAAGACUUUUACUCAGAAAGGCAAUCUUCAUCGACACAUGCGCGUACAUGCCGGAAUUAAACCUUUCCAGUGUAAAAUCUGUGGGAAAACCUUUUCUCAGAAGUGUUCCUUACAGGAUCAUCUUAACCUUCACAGUGGAGAUAAGCCCCAUAAGUGUAACUAUUGUGACAUGGUUUUUGCACAUAAGCCAGUUUUGAGGAAACACCUUAAGCAGCUGCAUGGCAAAAACAGCUUUGAUAAUGCCAAUGAGAGAAAUGUGCAAGACCUCACAGUGGAUUUUGAUUCUUUUGCAUGUACGACAGUCACAGACUCUAAAGGGUGUCAGCCACAGCCUGACGCAACACAGGUCCUGGAUGCAGGUAAACUGGCCCAAGCUGUCCUGAACUUAAGGAGUGAUAGUACUUGUGUGAAUUGAGUAGGGACUUAAUGCUCACAACUAGCAGUGACUGAGAAUGUGACAAUAGUCUUGAGUAUUUUUAGGAGUGGUUUUGCUAGUUUGACUUUUCUGAAGCCUCUGUGCAGGUGGUAUGGGGUGAGUUAAAGCACUAAUAGACCAGGCAACUUACCACUUGGAGUGGAUUUGCCUUCCUUCUGAUCUCUCCCAUUUUAUGUUUUAUUUAUCCUGUGAUGUCUGUUUUCCUUUCCCAAGGAAUACUUCCAUUUGUCUACCUAAUGUUGUCUUAGACUUACACUGUUUUAGGCUUUUACCAGGCAGUCUGAAGGUCACCAACAAAUUAACAAUAUCAUCCCACUCUCCACUAAUAGAUGCUAGGCUAAGAGAAGUGAAUAGUUUUGGGUUUUGGCAAAAAAUAGGUUGAGAUAUAUGAUAAUACUGCUGUUGAUCUGAAUGUGAUAGAACCGUCUGAUUGCCUAUUGAUAAUUCAUCUAUGUCUGAUAAAUUAAUGAGUCUGCAUCCUACCAUCUGUACUUGCCUUGCAGCUGGCUAUCAAAAAGUACGUUGGUUGGUCUAUGCCCUUUUUAACACUAUUGAAGCCCAACUUCAUCUCAUUGUUCACACAAACCAGAGUACAAACUUUUCAGCCACAUCUGGAGACAGAGAUCACCAUGAGGAGUAUAAUUAACAAAGGACAAAAAUACAAUUAAUACAACAGUACUCACAUGGAAUGUCUUCCAAGUAGCAUAUCCCAUCACUAAAGCAUAGCUUAGUGAUGCUUUUGAAAUCAUGAUUGUUUCAGGCACACUUUAAAUGUGCAAAAGAAUAAUGGUUUCUCUACAAGGGGGCUGUUGAGGAGUCUCUGAACUUUACAUCAGAGUUCAGCCAUCAGAAAGGUGAGUCUGGCUAUAGAGUUUUGUCCAGUUAACUACAAGUAUCUUAAUUCUUCCCUCAUGUAUCUUAAUUUCUAAAAUAUAUAUAUAAAAAAAAAGUUAAGUGGGACAUAGGAACAAUCUGUGCUUUUGGAACAAUUUUGCAUUCAGAUACUCCUCUUAAAGGGACCCCAUCCCACUUUCCCACUUUCAAUAGAUUGAUAAUACAAAGUUGCUCUUCUAGUAUGGAAAAACAAAACAACUGUUUCUUCCAAAGCACAUUUCAGGCAUAGAAUUUUCAGUUUUAUUUAAGACCCUGAGUUAGAAUUAGCAAUAGGACUGUUGAGAGUACUUAGAGAAUCCUAAGAAAUCAUUUAUUCCAUCUCUUUCAUUUUAAGUUGGGACAUCCAAAGCUCAAGAGCUUUCCUGGCCAAGACUGGCCAAAAUCGAUAAGUGACUAAAUAUAAAUUAAUAUCUCCUUCCUUGUUCCCAUUAUACCUUGAUUUAAAGAGAUUUAGUACACAAUGGAGAAUAAUGCAUUAGCAAAAAGCUCCCAUUUUGUUUCACCUCUGUGUUUACUUGUUGGCUUUCUGAGACAGCCUGGAUUUUGCCAACAAAAUAUCACCAAGGGACUUAUUUAUGUUAUUAUUUUUUUAGAUUUAUCUUAUUUUUAUUUUUUGUGGUGCUGGGGAUCAAACCCAGAGCAUCUCGUGCAUGCUUGGCAAGCACUCUGCCACUGAGCUAUAUCACUAGCCCAUUAAUUAUUUUUUAGUUUGAUAAGUAUUACAUUCUCCUCAAGCAAGUGACUGAUAUAUUAAGUAUUGGUUAGAGAGGGAAAAGGCAAGUAAGAAUAAUGUGAGAAGGCUCCCAAUGUGAAAUUGAUUUUUCUGGAAAACUGUUUAUUUCAUUUUCUUCAGGACUUUGUUUUUAUUUUUGGGCAAUGAGAACACAUACAAAGAUAAUCCAAAAAAAAAAGGCUAAUUCAUAUAGUCUGAUGGGUCAUAAUUUGAAAUGUUUACAUGUGAGUCAAAUUUGAAGUAUAAUUUCUUUUGUUUAAAAAUUUGAGAAUACAGUUGAGUGAUAAGAUCACGAGGUACCUUAUAUGCCCAGCAUCACUCAUUAUUAUAGUCUAAUGUUGCUUUCUAGCAUUCUGAUUUGUAUAUGAUCCAAAGACUAUAAAUUCUAUGCAACAGUAAGACUAGAGUAUCAACCAGUAUUGGGUUUUUUCUGAAUAUCAUUUCUUCACAGGAAAAUUUCAAGUUGGAAUGCUUCCUUUGGUCAUAUGCAUUUCCUGUUUUUGUUACUAUUUUUGAAGACUGAAAGGCAGGGGUUCAAAUAUGAUUGGUCUCUGGUUGGAGACUAUUUCUGAAUUAGUUCAGUCACUUGAGAAACUUUUUUUUUUUUUUUUUUUUUUUUGCUGGGGAUUGUGCAUGCUGAGCACAUGCUCUACCACUGAACUACACCUUCAGCCUCAAGAAACAUUUAUUAAGCACCUACUGUUGCCAGGUACUAUAUAGAUACUGAGGAUAUGAAGGUAAGAUUUGAUAUGGUCCCUGCCCUAAUGGACCUUAUAAUCUUAUGUGGUCUCAAUUUGAUUUUCUACUUAGAAUAAUAAAACUGCCUUGUUUUCUUUGGUCACUUAAAGCAUUUUUUCUGAUUUUCUCUUGGUAAAACUUUUAAUUCUCACUUUUUGCAAGUGCAAACCACUGAAGUAUCUGCAGUCUCCUCCAUUCUUGGUUGGAGAGGUGUUUUGUUUCUGUGAGACAUUUUCUAAUUUUGGUGAGACUUGCCUUUUCUCCUUCUUAGCUUAUACAUGUUUCUUAGAUUAUGUUGCAGAGAGGUCAAGUUUCUGAUAUAAAGUAAAUUUUAUACAGGAAGAUGACUUUCAAACAUAGUCAUGUUCCCAUAGAGAAUAAUUUUAAAAUCUUUGUCUUUCAGCAUUUGUAUUUUAUCCAUCCCCAGCAUAAUUAAGAAGGAGAAAGGACUCUUUUCCAGUUUGGUUUUUAAAAAUGGCUGUGUCUCAGUUAUUUAUUUAUUAUUUAAUUUUAAAGACAAACUCCAAAUUGAAGUGGUAAAUCAGAUGUGGUUUUAAUUUGUUUUAGUUUCUUCAUUGGGUCUAUGAUGGAAGGUGACCAGUGUCACCACUUCUAAAAUCUUGUCCUAAACAAACCACACAUUUUAUAUCAGCUCAUGACUAGCUGUUCUAAAUCUGUUGUAUGUUAGACAUACUAUGAACUACCUCUUCACUUAUUAUGGGGAAGUUUCCUUAAUAAAAGUGCGACAAUUAAAA